AUGUGCAGCUUGAUCAGCUUCCCCGGGGCGCCCCCCCUCGGCGGGGGGCAGCGCGGCGCCGCAGCCUGCGGGCCCCCCUCCGGCCCCGGGCGGCUCCACCUGCUCGACGUGCGCCAGGUUCCCCGAGUCGAAGCGGGAGCUGAAGAGCAGCCCGCCGCAGCGGAUCUCCAUGGCUGCCGGGCCGCCGCGGCCCGCUCAUCGCCCCGGCCCGCCCCGCCGCGCCGCCUGGCAACAGCAACGCGCACGCCCAUUGGCCCACCACCCCCUAGCAACCAGCGCGCCUAUUGGACGGCGCCUCGGCAACCGGCCGCAGCGCUGCCCCUGACCCGCCCGUGGGACACGCCUCCUAUUGGCCCCGCCCCCUCACGACCCCGCCCCCUCCCGGUGGCGCGCGGGGACACGCACGCGUAUGUACGGGCACGUACAGUCGGCGGGGGGCAGCGCGGCGCCGCAGCCUGCGGGCCCCCCUCCGGCCCCGGGCGGCUCCACCUGCUCGACGUGCGCCAGGUUCCCCGAGUCGAAGCGGGAGCUGAAGAGCAGCCCGCCGCAGCGGAUCUCCAUGGCUGCCGGGCCGCCGCGGCCCGCUCAUCGCCCCGGCCCGCCCCGCCGCGCCGCCUGGCAACAGCAACGCGCACGCCCAUUGGCCCACCACCCCCUAGCAACCAGCGCGCCUAUUGGACGGCGCCUCGGCAACCGGCCGCAGCGCUGCCCCUGACCCGCCCGUGGGACACGCCUCCUAUUGGCCCCGCCCCCUCACGACCCCGCCCCCUCCCGGUGGCGCGCGGGGACACGCACGCGUAUUCGGCGGGGGGCAGCGCGGCGCCGCAGCCUGCGGGCCCCCCUCCGGCCCCGGGCGGCUCCACCUGCUCGACGUGCGCCAGGUUCCCCGAGUCGAAGCGGGAGCUGAAGAGCAGCCCGCCGCAGCGGAUCUCCAUGGCUGCCGGGCCGCCGCGGCCCGCUCAUCGCCCCGGCCCGCCCCGCCGCGCCGCCUGGCAACAGCAACGCGCACGCCCAUUGGCCCACCACCCCCUAGCAACCAGCGCGCCUAUUGGACGGCGCCUCGGCAACCGGCCGCAGCGCUGCCCCUGA